AUGGCUGAAGCAAAAGGCUACAAAUACGGAGAACUCCAAAAGGGUAUUUUAAGCAAACUAAUAAGAGACCUUACCAACUUUAAGAAAGCUCCAAAAGAGCGUAAGGGAAAAUCAUAUGCUUCGGGACGUCUGAGCAAGUUGGAAGAUGACAUUUUGACUUCCAAAUCUUAUCACGAAGCCAUUAUUGGAGCAGGUUUGUUUGAAGAGAAUCUGAAACAAGAGGAAUUAGUGGUGGUGUAUGAUCAAAUUAACGAACUUUACCUGGAAUAUCGGGCAGAGUUGGUUGAUGCUAUAGAGAAAUCCGCGCCAAUUAUUGCGGCUCCAACAACCGCGGGUGUUCCACCCCAUUCUGUCGUCGCAGCAUCAUCGGGAAUCCGACUUCCACGAAUCGAUCUACCGAAGUUUGAUGGUUCAUACACCACCUGGCGAGCUUUUCACGACAGGUUUCAAGCUCUCGUUCACCAUAACAAGGCCCUCGAAGACAUCGACAAAUUGCAUUUUUUGCAAUCAUGCAUAGUUGGUGAUGCUAGUCGAUUUUUGCAAAAUUUUGCAAUUGAGGCUGCCAGUUACGAGAAAGCGUGGGAUCUUUUGAAGGAACGAUACGAUCACAAAAGGAUACUUGUUCAUAUCCAAAUGCAGAUUCUUUUUGGACAACCUUCCUUGUCUCGUGAAACUGCUUCUGGACUUCGAGAUCUAUUAUACACAACAAGAGAAUGUCUCCUUGCACUGGAAAACAUGGACGUACCAGUCUCUGAAUGGGAUACGGUGUUGAUUUGGUUUCUUUUCCAGAAGUUGCCGAAUAUGAGCCAAAAACUGUGGGAAGAGAAACUAGGAAAUAGGAAAGAUUUACCGAAUUUUAAAGAAUUUACGGACUUUUUGGAGACAAGAUUCCGGACUCUCGAGGUUGCGGACCAGCAGGAACUUGGAGUAGGGUAUCGGACUAAAGAUGAGCCAUCCGUCAACAUAAGGCAUCGUGUACCAGCAGCAAAACCGAAGGUCUUACACGCUAAGCAAGCUGUUAAGCAGCCGUAUCGACAAGCAGCCAAAUCGAACCCUGCAGAGCAGCUGUCAUGCAAGUUGUGCAACGAAGGUAAGCACACGCUCAGAAAAUGCCAACGUUUUUUGAAUAUGGACAUCUUGGGACGAAAAGAUACAGUUCGUAGGCUCCAGGUCUGCGAAAAUUGCCUAUCCUACGGCCAUCUAGUUCAAGCUUGUCUGUCAAUUAGUUCAUGCUAUUUUUGCCAACAAAGGCAUCAUUCUUUGCUGCACUGCAACGCACAACAGAUUAACAAACAACAACAACAGCCUGUAGCCAGUACAUCUGCUCAGGGAUUACAAAACAAUACAAAGGUAUUACAAGUGACAGUGAACCCAAAUGCGCCUGAGUUUCAGCCGAUGGGGGAACAACAGCUCCAGUCAAACGGACAAACGUUUAAUUACCACGCGAUAGAUGGUGAUCGCAAACACGCACAUCAGGUGCUUCUGGCAACAGCGGUUGUUAAGGCACGAGCAGCGGACGGCAGGCUACGCCUUUUACGUGCUCUGAUCGAUACCGGCUCAGAAACGUCGUUUAUCACCGAAGCUGCCGCACAACUGCUGAAAUUGAAAAGGCAACGGAACAUUGCCGAAGUAUCUGGGUUAGGAUUGGUCAGCAGCGGCACUACGCAACACUCCGUCGAAGUACGUUUUGCGUCCCGCCACUCGACGUUUGAGACUGCCGUUCAGGCUUUGGUCUUCAAGUCGCUGACUGGGCAUCUCCCGACCCAACGAGUGAUACCCGGCAAAUGGAACCAUCUAAAGGGUCUUUCGUUAGCAGAUCCCCAUCUCUACGAACCUGCACCCAUUGAUCUUCUAUUAGGGAGUGACGUUUGUGCUCAGAUACUUCUUCCCGAGAUAAGAAGACCAGAAGAUGGAUUGGGACCAAUCGCGCAAAAGACGGAGCUUGGGUGGAUAGUGUUAGGGAAAGUUCCAGCGGAAAUUCCCCGGCAAAUUCGAAGCUUCGUCCAAAUUACGGAUUUGAGCUCACAACUGGAGAAGUUUUGGGAAAUGGAAGAAAUGCCGUUCCAGACACUUGAAACCGAGGAGAACAUCGUUUGUGAUGAAAUCUUCAAGAAAAACACAAGACGUUUACCAGACGGACGUUAUGAGGUAAAAUUGCCAUUUAAAAAUGAAGGUCUCCCAGCAAUGGGAACGAGUAGACAAGUCGCUUUCCGUAGAUUUCUUCAUCUGGAAAGGAGGCUUGAUGCGGAUCCGAAGCUUCGUACGGACUACAAUAAAUGUAUCCGAGAAUAUAAAGAACUCCAACACAUGGAGGAAAUAGAUGCAAAUGAUGCAGUUUUACAAACUCCAUUUCAUUAUUUCUUGCCACAUCAUGCCGUUUUUAAGGAAGCAAGCUCCACAACGAAGCUGAGAGUAGUAUUUGACGCAGCUGCGAAGGCUUCGGACGGGAAAUCCCUCAACGACCGUUUACUUGUGGGUCCAAAAUUGCAGUCGAGUAUCAUAGAUCUCGUGCUAAAAUGGAGGACUCACCGAGUCACCUUUACGGCCGACAUCGAGAAGAUGUAUCGGCAAAUUUUGGUUAGUUUCCCGGACCGAUACUAUCAGCUUAUCAUGUGGAGAGAGCAAAAGACUGCUCCUAUACAAUUUUACAAAAUGAACACUGUUACUUUUGGCACAGCAAGUGCACCAUACCUUGCUAUCAAGGUCCUAACCAAAGUAGCUGAAGACGAAGAAGAAAAUUUUCCGGUGGGGGCGAAUGUUGUCCGUAAGGACAUGUAUGUCGAUGACUUAAUCAGCGGUGCUGAUUCACUCGAAGAAGCACGGAAGAAGCGUGAUGAAGCGAGGCAACUGUUGGCGUCUGCGGGCUUCAAUUUACGAAAAUGGACAAGCAACGUAAAGGAACUCAUCGAGGAUAUCCCAGUUCAAGAUCGUGAGCUUGAUUUUGAACUUCCGUUCAAUUCGGCCGACCACGUUAAGACGCUCGGGAUUAAGUGGUAUCCCAAAGAUGAUUGCUUUUCGUACCAGAACUUACAGCCGCCAACAGAAGCAACAACAAAAAGGUCAAUGUUAUCGACGAUAGCCAAACUCUUCGACCCAAUGGGAUGGAUUUCCCCAUGCAUCAUCACGGCCAAGCUAAUGAUGCAGCGACUAUGGGAUCUUGGAUAUGAUUGGGAUGAACAGAUUUCAACAACUUUGAUGAAGGAUUGGGACACUUUUCUUAGAGAACUUCCUUUGAUCGAACGGCUUCGCAUCCCACGGUGGACCAAGUUGAGCAAGACCAACAAGGCAAUCGAGCUUCACGGAUUUUGUGACGCUUCAACGAAAGCUUACGGUGCAGCAAUCUAUCUCCGCGUUCUUGAUGUUGAUGGCAAUAUCCAUGUCAAUCUUUUGUUAUCCAAGACAAAGGUGGCACCAAGCCAACGAACGGUAACACUGCCUCGUCUAGAACUGUGUGGUGCUGUAGUUUUGGCUCAGCUGUUACAGUACACAAAGCAAGUCUUAGAAAUUCAAGAUGUCAAGAUGUAUGCGUGGACAGAUUCUGCGAUCGCAUUAGCCUGGAUACGCGCCACUCCCGCCAAAUGGACCACAUUCGUCUCUAACCGCGUUUCGGAAAUCCAGCGGUUAGUGGGGAUCGAUUGCUGGGGACAUGUCGCAACGCUUCAUAACCCAGCCGAUCUAGCGUCCAGGGGUGUAUUUCCGUCAGAAUUGAAAUCACUGGAAACUUGGUGGUUUGGACCAGAAUUUCUUAGGAACCAAUGGGAGUUCGAUGCUCCGCAUCAACCCAUCGAAAGUGAUACAACUGAAGAAAAGCGGACGGUGAAGAUACUCAACAUUCAUGUGUCAAAUAGCAACAGUAUCCUGCAAACUAUAUACAACUGUUCGAGCCUACUCAAGGUUGUACGGGUCAUUGCACACUGUUCUCGAUUUACAAAAAGGUGUCGACCGAAAUUGGGGCUUAUAGAAGGUCCGUUUAGCUCCAAGGAACUCGAGGCAGCACAUAUCAUCGUCGUCAAGGCAGCACAACAUGAGAUGUUCCAAACAGAGAUCCAACAAAUUGUAGAGAACUCCAAGACUCCCAAGAACCUCCGCGCAUUGAAUGCCUUCAUUGAUGCUGAUGGGAUCUUACGAGUGGGCGGACGUUUAGAGAACUCCCUCCUAUCCUAUGAUGCGCAACAUCCAAUUUUGUUAAAAAACAAACACCACUUCACAAGUCUGGUAAUCAGAGAGGCGCAUAAAAACACCCUCCAUGGUGGCAUCCAGCAGAUGAUAAGCUACAUCCGACAAAAAUAUUGGAUUGGGCAGAUAAGGCGCAGCGUUAAGUAUCAGCUUUACAGAUGUCCUUCCUGUUAUCGGCAAAAGGCUUCGGAGAUGCAACAGCUGAUGGGAAACUUACCUGCCGCUCGAGUGCGGAUGUCUCGGCCCUUCAGUCACACCGGUGUCGACUACGCUGGUCCAAUUGAAGUGAAGUCCUGGAAGGCUCGCGGUGCAAAAAUUUUAAAGGGCUAUUUUGCCGUAUUUAUUUGCUUGGCAACAAAGGCCAUACAUUUGGAGGUAGUAUCAGACCUGACAACACAGGCAUUUUUGGCAGCAUUUCGGCGUUUCACGGCUAGAAGAGGAAGUUGCAAGCAAAUCUACAGCGACUGCGGAACAAACUUCGUCGGUGCUAAUAAUGAAUUAGCGAAGAUGUUGAAGGAAGCACAACACGAUUGGAAAGAAGUUGCAGAAACCUUAUCAAAUCACGGUACCGAUUGGCAUUUUAUUCCCCCGGCUUCUCCACACUUUGGUGGAUUAUGGGAAGCGGGUGUGAAAUCGGUCAAGUAUCAUUUAAAACGAGUUGUUGGGACCGAAAGGCUUACAUUCGAGGAGCUCGCGACGCUUCUAGCUCAGAUAGAAGCUUGUCUGAAUUCGAGGCCCCUUUGCCCUCUCUCCGACAGCCUCGACGAUUUGAACGCGCUCACCCCUGCACACUUUCUAGUCGGAGAAUCACUACAUGCUGUUCCUCAAGGCGAACUAAAUACCAAUAUCAGCCAUAUGGAACGAUGGAAGCGAGUUCAGUCAUUAGCAGAAGGAUUCUGGAAAAAGUGGAACUCUGAGUACCUAGCACGGCUUCAACAAAGACCAAAGUGGACAAAAAUCCAGGCUUUGCCUAAAAUAGGAGACUUAGUUCUUCUCAAGGAUGAACGACUUCCACCAACGCAAUGGAAUCUCGCGAGAAUAGAAGGAACACAUGCAGGAGCUGACGGAUUAGUACGUGUUGUCAUAGUAAAAACUCAAAAUGGACAAAUGAAGCGACCUAUUGCGAAGAUUUGUCUUUUACCAUCAACCGAAUGCCCUGAACAAAACGCCAUCAUUUAA